CCGCAGAUACAGCAGCACUGCUUGACAAUGAUUCUCUUGGUCGUAGCUUGCUGCCUCCUUUGUGUACUUGGAUUUGAUGAACAUCAACUGGACUUUGACAAGAUAUAUAAGGACGAUGCUGACCUGUUGACGGAGAGAAAAAAUGACAUCUUAAUACUGGCAGGAGGAACUGCGAUUGAAAAGAGCAUUCUUUCAAAAUUUUUACGCAGAGACCCAUCAUUGGUAAUCGCUAAGAAUGCCGAGCAGAACUUCAUCUUCACAUACAACAACACAAAAAAUAUCGGUAGUGGAAAUAAUUUGUCGACAGAAGUUUUCCCCCUGAAUAUUGAACAAGAUAAUGAUAGUGAAAUGUCAUUCAUAAGUUUCUUAGAUUACCAGGACACGCCUGGUCCAAGUUUGGACUUGGUUACCGGUUACUUGAACCUAAAAAUUCUUAACUCGGGCAAAAGAUCGAAAAUUUUAAUCGUUCAAAGCUAUGAAAGUAUGUUGGGUAAUAAAAGCGGCACGACUACGUUUACCACAGUGGUAAAGAAUCUUGUACGUCACUUAAAGGGUAGCGUUGAUUUGUAUGUAGAUUCGAUCGGUUUGGCAGCAAUAGGAAUUAACGACUCGGCAAAAACAAACACGGAACUCAAGCAAUCACUGAGGAAUUUUUUGAAGAAAAUAAUCGAAGAUUUAACGAACUUAAAGCGGAACUUUAAGGACGGCGAUGAUGAUCAAUCACAAUCACGCAGUGACAUCAAUGACCAAAUAAGGUUAAUCAAGUUUAUCCUGGACGGUGAAAAAUUUGAGUUGCUCCAUCAGCCUGACACACUCGGAAACCCAUGGGAGCUUGACGCAUUGAAGAAGGAUUAUGAAGAUUUGCGGCAACUAAUUAUAACCAAGCUUGAUUUUUCAACACCUGCUGGGGCUAAUAAAUAUCAAGUAGCUAUGGCCCCCUCCACUAUCCGCUACAUUAAAAACUUUCUGAUUCCAAGUGACAUAGAGAAAAUAAAAAAUUCAUUUAAGGUGCUCUAUGACAAUAUGUUAGAGGGUUACAAUAAAAAACUGACAACAAAAAUCGUACCGCUGGUCAAAAAAAUAGCCAGUGCCUUGAAAUAUAGCAAAAAAAUAUCGAAGUUGGUUGAAGACACGCAGCGCUUUGAUCAGCUUGAAUAUUUACACCGCACACUUGUUGGGCCUGACCUGCACGGAAACAAAUUUCCAAAGGGAUUAAUUCUGAAGUUGAAGAAAAUACAAUAUCUGUAUGGGGUCACCGGUGACAAUGUCGAGGUAAUAAAAAUUCGUAGCAAAGCAGACAGUAUGUUUGGUUUGAAAGGUCAGCUUCUCUCAGAAGUGAUAUCCACUAGGAGAUUUCAAAUGUUCAUGACAAGUAUUAUUAGCGACUUUGAUACGUAUAAAAUCCAGACCUCAAAUAUAACAUCAGAUUUAAAUAGCAAGGUAACCUUCCAAAUCUUGAAGACGCUUUUGACCAAGCAUGGAUUCACACUUGAAACAAUUUCGCACGCAUCAGGGUUGUCAGCAGAACUAUCUCAAAAAGAAGACUUAGAAAAACUGCUACAAAGUUACAAGCCUGUCAAGGAAAGCUUUCAUAGAGAUGAUGCGAAAAAGAUUGAAGGUACCUUCAGUGGAAAAUACGUCGUCCUCAGUCGACUUGCUAAUGAAAUUGUAAAAUACAAUGAUCUGCAAUCAAUUAUAAUCAUUGCGUCAAGAAAGAUUUUCAUCGAUACUGACCUCCACUUACAAGAUACACAUUUGGCACUGGUUUCUCCUAUAAUCGAGGUUGUUGGUGGAAAAAGAACGAUUGUUCUUACCGGAAGUGACGGUACUUCUCACAUAGAGAGUGCCGAGAUGUCCUCAACGCCUGGAGAUGAUGGAGAUGCAGGAAAGCAAGGUGGUAACGGAAGGAGUCCAGGGCAAAUCCAAAUUUUAGCCUUAAAAAUUUUAAAUGGACCCUUUUUAAACAUACGCAGCAUUGGAGGCAAUGGAGGAAAAGGGCAAAAUGGAGGGCGCGGAUGGAACGCAAGUCCCGUGAAUUACCCUUUGUGUUUCGACCAAUAUACAGGAAAUAAAGAGGGAUUAAAGAAUCGCUCAGUCACCGAAGGGUACACCUACGAAGACGAGGAACAAGAAGUACGAAAAGUGGAGGUCUCUACUGUAUUAUACAAUCUACUGGUGACCGUUACCGAUAGGGCAAAUGCAUCAGCAGGGAACGGGGGGCCUGGUGGCAAUGCAGGAUUUGGAGGAAAAUCCAGAAAACCUGAAGUACAUCUAAAGAUUUUGGAGCCAAGUUUACCAAAAAACAUUGUAUUAGAAGACGGAAAACCUGGCACUCCUGGAAAUGGAGGUGAAGCAGGUUCUAGGAACAAUACAUGCAGUUACAGAAAGUACUUGUGCACAGCUCGCACUGGUAGUAAAUUGGUUCUUUUAAUUCAGUUUUUUAUUAAAUCUGAUGUUAAAUACAUGUGCACUAAUGAUAUCACUGGCUUUUGUGAAUCUCAAUUAAGGGAAGCAAACGCUGGAAACGAUGGGCUCGAGGGAAGUGUAUCAACAGAGUAUUUAAACGAGGUUCCUGCUCCUAAGUUGCACCACCUUAGUUUGAAGUUCAUUCAAAAUUCAUUGAAUAUGAGCACCGAUUCACUUCAUCAAAGCACAAGGGAGCUUAUAGAGAUGGUAUUGACUUCAAAUGCCCAAUUUAGUGAAAUGGAAGAAAACGAUUUUCUCAAUUUUCUCAACACCAUGGACAAUCUUUUAGAAAUGACCUCGCAAAAUUCUGAUGAUUUAGAUUUUAUAUUUAACCGCAUGUUUGAGUCAUUCAAAAUGUUUACACAGCAUUGUAACAAAUGUAGUACCACAUAUUUACAGCUGAUCAACCUGGGGUUUGCAAAUCAAAUUGAAAACCUAAGAAUGUUCUCUAGUAGUAAACAAAUAAUUCGGCUUCCUUUGGCCAUAGCAAAUCUAAUGAAAUACUUUGACGAAAUUUCCAGUGACAAUAAAGUUUUGCAGGCAAUUCAGAUUACUGACAAUGCUAAACAAUCAGCAUUAAAAGAAAUUGCUGAUGCCACAAAAUUAGUUAGAGACACAAUAGAAAAAAAUAUAGAAGAGGUCAGAAAAAAUGCUGAUGCCAAAAUUGGAGAUCUGUUUCGAGUUUCAGACGAGGCGCGGCAGAAAUACACUUUUAACGGUAUUAAUCUAGAAAAACAGCGGCGUGAAUUGGGAGCGGCAAUGCAAGUUAAGGCCAUAUUGCGAGUUUUUAAAUUGUCUGCUAAAAUUGGAGCAGCAAUUAUGAACCCAGCGGCAGAGAUCGGCCCACUCAUUUUUGGUAAUAAUGAAUCGCUUUUUGGAAUUGCAACUGAUCUUGCAAAAAAAGUUGCAGGAAACUUUAUUGAAAGUGGCUAUGGAACUGCUUUGAAAAAAAUAGGUGACUUGCGAGACAGGAAACAUCGCGCAACAGAGAGGUGUUUUGGUGCUAUCAGAAAUAUAAUCGACGCGGACAGCAAGUUAGGAGGAGUCAUAACUGUUCCAGAACUUAGGACUCAACUACUUCAAAUGCUGGAAAUACAAAAAGAGAGUGAUAAUAUAAAUCCAGAAACUCAAGCAGUAUUACUAGAAAGAGCAAAUGAUUUACUGCAAGCCGUCCAAGUUGAUUUGGAAGCAAAAAUUGAAAUGUUUGAUACACUAAGCGAUGACAAAAGGCAAAUGAAAAAGGAAGAGCUGCAGAAAUUAAGCAACGGCGUGAAGGAGAUUAUUGAAAGUGAGAUUAUUGGAGAAACGGCCGAACAAAUGCGCGAACAAGCAAAAGACGAUUUUGCGAUUCAGGAGGUAAAUAAAGCAAUUGAAGAAAAUAGUUUAGCGCUGAAAAAAAUUGACCAAUAUGAAAAACAGAUUGAUGAUGAAAUACAACCACUGCUAAAUGGAAUGUUUGUGAUUCUUGAAAAUAUUAAAGUAACGGGAAUUAAAAAUGAUACAUCAAAAUACAUCCUUCAGUUUCAAAACUUAGACAUCAGGAAGUAUAGUCGCAGCUUAAUAUCAAUCUUCAAUAAAUUUUUGGAGGAUUUCGACGAGGUCAAGGGUGAUUUGAGAAAUAUCUUGGUGGACCUUGAAGACUUAAUGGGCAUCCUAACCAGGUCUUACGAUAAAAUCAGCGAGGUUAAUCAUCAAAUAGAACUAAAAGACUUUCUAGGUAAACUGCACAAUGGAAAUUGUGACAAUGUUUGUCAAGUUCAUAAGAACAUCACCAACUCGAUUGAAACUAACGAGCUUGUUCGCCGGUUUGUGCACAUUUUUAUAGCUUAUCAGCAAUGCCUGUUUCCUUACGGUGGAGAAACAAUGAGUGUGUUACGUUCCACGCUAUCCGAACUGAGACAAGGUAAAUAUAAAUUAUCAAGAGAUGACAAGAUUAAGAUUCUUAAAAAUUCACUUCAAACAAUGAGCAAGAAUCUCGCUGAAACAAACACUGCUAUUAUCAAUGAUGUUGAUAUUGGAAUUUCAUUUAGUAGCUUUAACUCCAAAUACCUGACAAGCAAACCCUUCUACACUUGGCCUGGGUCCAAAUUUGGCAGUGAAAUAAAAAAACUGCUCAUGGGAGAAAAAGUUACUCUAGUAGCAUCAGUUACAGCGCCGAGCGUAAAAAAUGCAGUCAAGUUUAAUACAGUAAUGAUAAAUUUUACCUCUUCCGAUCAAGAAGUGUCCAAGCAAGUCCAAGAGAUGCUCAUGCAUUACUGGGUUGAAAUGACCUACGGAGGCGAAAGCUACUACCGCUGCGGAUCUAACUAUUACGCUAUUAGUGGAGAUCCACUGGACUUUAAGUUCAGUUAUGAGCGCGAUGACAAAGGCCAAUUAAUAUCAAGAAAUUCUGUUUUUGAAAAACUGCAAUACUCCGAUGUACCUUUAAGCCCUUACACCGUGUGGAAAUUUAAGUUAGUGCAUAGCUCGGGAAAAGACCAGGAAUAUUUAUCAGAAAAACUUUCCCAGUAUGCAGAAAAACUGGAUCUAGAACUCAUUGGUGAUGGCUACUUUGUUGAGGAGGGUGCGAGAAUAUGUUCUCAAGAUUUAGGACAGUUUUACAAUUAUUAUGGGAAUACUCUAUAAAUUUCUUAUGCAUAAGAAGAAAAUAGGUGUUUAAGGUGUAUGGUGUAUUCUGCAUAAUUUAUAAAAGCCCCUUUCAAAAGAGUGUAUUUGUUUGAUUAAUAAUUUUGUCAUACUUUUUCUUCAAUAAAAUUUUUACUUAAUUUGUAAUGAUACUUGAAGAUAGCCUUUAAAUAAAAUUAUUUCAGCAUA